UUUACGCUGAUCAAAAUGAAGCUGUGUUUGAUUCUCGUCUGGUCAGUUCUUCUCUCCACAGAGGCUAAAAUUCAGCACAAAGACACCUACAUACUCCUGUGCUCUGAGACCGAGAAACAGUACAUAUACGGACUUGAUGGAGAAGAAAAGUGGCACGCCGACUUCAGUCAGGGGAAAGGAGUGAUGACCCUGCCAGCAUUUGCAGAUCCUUUCUGCUAUUCCAAAUCAACCUAUGAGAUCGCUCUUAUUGACGUGGAAACCUGUCAGAAAAACUUGGCUAACAGUGUAAAAUGUUACAAAUACCCUGCCGAACCAAAAGAUGCUCCACAAAGUUCCAUCUACUCCAAGGACGAUGUGGAGCUGGGCUCUAAAAACACCCUCAUCUGUUACAUCACUGGAUUCUACCCAGCACAUGUUGAAGUUUCCUGGACCAAGAACAAUGUCAAUGUAACAAGUAAGGCGACCCUCAGCAGAUACUAUGUGUCUGAUGAUGGAACCUUCAACCUGGUCUCUACUUUGAGCUUCACUCCAGAGGAGGGUGACAUCUACACCUGCACUGUGGAGCACACAGCCCUGGACAGACCACUGACCAAAACAUGGGAUGUGCAGGUCACUCCUGCCAGUGUGGGUCUGACCGUGUUCUGUGGAGCGGGUCUGGCUGCAGGACUGCUGGGAGCCGCUGUUGGAAUCUUCUUCCUCGUCAAAGGAAUCAACUGCAGCUAA